GAAUCAUCGAUACCCCCCUCUUCUAAACCCAAUAUCCUUCGCUUCUCUGCUCGUUUUCUUCAAUUCGAUUCUUUCUUCCUUCGAUUCUUUCUCUCCUUUAUCGAUUGAUCCCAACAUCAUCCUUCGCCGUGCCCGAAUUCGGUUCUAGGGUUAGGGUUUUGGGAAUUCCUGAUACUUAUUCGAUUUUCGUAAACAUUUUCCUCUGAUCUGAUUAAAUUAAAGGCUAUAUAUCACUUUUCUUGAUUGAAUUUCAUCUGGGUUGUUUGAAUUUUUGUACUUUUUCUUUUGAUUCGGCUCUGUCAGUGCCGUUGAAUUUCGUGGAUUCUUUUUGAAUAUCGUUGAAAUUUAUUGGUGUUACUUUUCAUACACAAGGUUCUUCUGUUGCUUUUUCCUUUCCGUUUUUCCUUCUAAAUCAUUCUGUAAUUCCCGCCCCACUAUUUUCAUUGCUUUCGAAUCAGUCUACCUAUCCUCAGCUCCCUCAACUGUAAACAAAUUUUCUGGACUGCUAUUUUCAGGUUAGAACCAGCUCAUGCAUCUCAGUCAUACAAAAUUGAAAUUUGCACUUUUAAUGCCUUAUUAGUCUUGUUUUUAUUGCUAAAUACAAUGCUGCCUUUAUGGAUUCUUUUUUGUGCCUUUUGGACUAGUGUUUCUCGAUUCUUCAUCCAUUUGUAAGCUUUUUCUGGAAUUAUCCUCCUCUUUGAAGCUUACUUUUUCUGUUAUCUAUUUUAUGUAGAGGUUAGAUUCGCUGCAUUAUGAUACUUGUACAUAGAAUAGAUUUUUAAAGCAUCUAAGUGCAUUAAGUUCUGAAAUUUUCACUCUGAAAUAUAGUUGCUUUGGACUUGCAGGAUCAAAAUGAUUCACAAGCGUCCCUAUGUUGAAGAGGAUUCUCAGGAGGUUGCUUGUAAGAACCAAAGACUGGAGAGCACCAAUCACCUUUCACAAGUUGUCAAUGGGUUUAUUCCUUAUGAUUGCCACAAGAAUUCCCUAAUCUCCGGUGAAGAUGGGGACAGCUUCAGUAAAUGCAAUGAAAAUGGAGUUGAUGCUUCCAGCUGCAUUCCCCAUUUUUUGUGGGUAAACAGAAAUAUUAUGGAAGCAGAUGCUGACUUAGAGACACCACUUAAUUUGUCACUGUUUCCAGAGUAUUUUGCACCUGGACAUGGUUUAAGGGCUUUACUUCAGUGUGAUGAGCCCUAUUCAUCUCUUAUUGAUUAUUCUCAUCGGAGACUAGUUCCUAUUGGAUCAGAGUAUCAAGCUGAUGUUCCAGAAUGGAAUCAAUGGGUUUUGAAGAGCACUUCAAAUCAUCUAGAUACUUUAGACUCUCAAGUUGAAACUGCACUAUCAUCAGAAUCAGACCUUAUUGGUACUUGUGUCAUUCCCAUGCCUGACAGAGAAGCUCCUCAAAACUAUUCUUGUGAAGGUUGGAGAAACAAAUUUGAUUGUCAGUGCCUUGAUCAGGGUUCUGUCAGAUGCACAGCACAACAUGUGGAAGAAGCUAGGGAGAAACUUAAGGAGAACCUUGGACUUGAUAUUUUUGAGCAAUUGGGUUUCUACGACAUGGGAGAGGAGGUUGCGAAAAAAUGGACGCAAGAAGAAGAGCAAGAAUUCCAUGAGGUUGUGCUUGCCAACCCUAUGUCAUUGGGCAAGAACUUUUGGGACGAUCUCCCUCGGUUUUUCCUGUCUCGAACAAAGGAGGACCUUGUCAGCUAUUAUUUUAAUGUCUAUGUGCUCAGGAAACGUGCCAAACAGAAUCGAUUUGACCCUGUCAACAUUGAUAGUGAUGAUGAUGAGUGGCAGAAACCUGAACAUGAAUCAGCUGUAGAAGAUGACGACUCAGUAGUUGAAUCUCCACCUGAUCAAGUUGUUUCUGCCUACCAUAAUGAUAAUCAUAUUGAAGAUUGCCAUGAAGGCAUCCAGGAUGAGGAUGAGAUGGAUUCUUGUGAAGAUCUGUCAGGUGCUGUAUGCAGAGAUAGAACUGAUGGGGAAGAUGAGGGAGAUAUAGAUGAAAUCUCUGAACCCCACAUUGAACAUCUCACUAGUGGAAAUGAGAGUGGCUUCCUAGUUUUGGGUAAGAUGCAAAAAACUCAUGCAGAUGAUUAUGAUAUUCAAGAUGAUUCGUGCACAUCAUUUGAGUAUCAAAGAGAAAUAGUUGAUUGUGGAGAUCCAUCUGAGACAGGGAUGGAUGUAAAUCAGCCUAGUGAAGACUAACAUAUCUUCUGGCUCUUACUAUCUAAUAAUCUGAUGAAGGGAACAAUUAGCAAUAUGUUCAGGAGUGUGGAGCUUCGAUAUCAAGUCAUCAUUGAAGAGAGAUCUUUUAUUUGCAUGGUGUUCGACUGAAUUGUUUUCCUUGGAGGUUAGAUGCCGAUCACUAUCCAUUGGCUUGGCUUCUCUUCAAUCUCAAAAACAUAUUGGCUUGGAUGGCCUUACGAGGAUUGCUUUAACGGUCAAAGAAUAUUGCUGAUUAUGAUGGAACAUCAUCCUAUCAGGUUUGAGGGCUUUUCUAGUUUUCCUUGAAAUGUUCUGCAUGUAGCAGACGAGGGAACCAUAGAUUAUAAAUUAUUUAAAAGGUGGAUGUUGGUGGUACCUCGAUCUUUGCCUUCAGUCUGCAGCUUGCAUAAUGUUUGAAGCAAGACGGAAUGCAAUGUGAGUGGAAGAGGUAGAUUAAUUGAUGACUACAAUGUCAGGAUGGCUUCUCGUGGAAUUGGAUUUCGACUUGUCAUUAUUUUUUGAAUUAUUUGUUGUUUUAAGCGUUUAGCAAUGCAUCAUUUACUUGAGCAAAGAUGGCUUUGCUACCAUUUUGUUGUACAGACAUGUGAGAAUAAAUUCCAUUCAGUUUCAUUCCAAGUUCAUGACUAAAAUGUUUUGCCUGUU